UGGCCUGACGUUAUCGAGAAGGCUGGCCCAGUUGACUCCCCGGCGAGAGUAGUGGGGUUGGUAGCAGGACCAAGGUCGGGCGCUGUCUCGCUCUUUUGCAAUGACGUAACCUUCACGCUGCACUAAACCACCCACCCUGAUCACCAGGAUCCUUCCUGCCCAAUGGCCGCCAAAGCCCCUGCACCUCUGGCCCAGUUCGCAGAAGCAAUCGCCUGCAACCCUACUGCCGGUGAGUUUGACGACUCGAUUUGGCUCCAGAGUGGACGUGGCUGGCCAGGCUGCUGGACAUCUGUCGUUCUGUCAUGUGUCACUGGGCACGCUCAGAACCAUCCCCACGAGGCUCUCUGGGGCUGCUUGUGCCAGUCUUACCAGAGUACAGCCCCAGACGCAGACGCGCCGAUUAAUCCUGGAUCUUCGCGACCCCAGGCUGAAACUUACCCAAAUUCAAGGUCGGAGUCAGGUACAGUUCAGGCGGCCACAUGGAGUCGCUACCUGAUCGAACGACAGCCGCGGGAGCGCUAUUACUACGGAACUUGGACCCAGCUGGGGCAGCCUGAUCGGCGCACUCGACACUCUGUCGUUGGUGAAUCUCAUCAGAUCUUCAUGCCCAACACCGUGUGCGACGGCGCGAGACGACCCGCUCGUACCACAUUGCAAAUCUUCUUGUCUCGGCAUCAGCUUUUUCUCGUGGAUAUCCCUUCAGUAUGUAAACAUCUCACGCGCAGCAUCAAAACCUUCGGCUUGUGACUUGAUUCUCGUGCUGGCUGCCCCUGGUAAGGUCCGUCUCUUGCCCAGCACCCCAUGCAAGAUGACGUUGUUCGGGCAUACUACCUUGGACUGCAAUUUCCCCAGCAAGCGAUGGCAUUCGAAGACAUUCUGGUCAUAGCCAAUAAGCAAAAAUUAAUCUGCAAGACUUACGAGGCAGUAUUCAGUGCCACAUCGCGAGAGGUGACGAGAGGAAGAGCCCAGCGAGGCGGACGGGUAGUGCCACGUGGGGCUUUCCUGCAGUAUUGCGACAACCCUCCAAAAAAGAAAAG